GCUUUCUCCGGCCGCCGCCGCCACUGCCGCUGCUUCGCGAGCUGAGGGCCUGGGCGUCCGCGGGCGCGUGGAGGCUGCGGGUGGGAGCCCUCGCGGGCACCGCGGAGCGGGCCGGGGGAGGCCGGGAUGGAGCCCCCCGGAGUUGACUGAAGCGGCCUGAAGCGGGUUCCAGAGCCUCCAGGCAGGAUCUCGGGGCCUCCCGGGGGCGCGGCGGAUGGUCUGAGGGCUGCGCAGACAUGGCUCACCUCAGGGGAUUUGCCAACCAGCACUCACGAGUGGACCCCGAGGAGCUUUUCACCAAGCUGGACCGCAUCGGCAAGGGCUCCUUCGGGGAGGUGUACAAGGGCAUCGACAACCGCACCAAGGAGGUGGUGGCCAUCAAGAUCAUCGACCUCGAGGAGGCGGAGGACGAGAUCGAGGACAUCCAGCAGGAGAUCACCGUGCUCAGCCAGUGCGACAGCCCCUACAUCACGCGCUACUUCGGCUCCUACCUGAAGAGCACGAAGCUGUGGAUCAUCAUGGAGUACCUGGGUGGCGGCUCUGCCUUGGACCUGCUGAAGCCGGGCCCCCUGGAGGAGACCUACAUUGCCACCAUCCUGCGGGAGAUCCUGAAGGGCCUGGAUUACCUGCACUCGGAGCGCAAGAUCCACCGGGACAUCAAAGCUGCCAACGUGCUGCUCUCGGAGCAGGGCGACGUGAAGCUGGCAGACUUCGGGGUGGCAGGGCAGCUCACGGACACGCAGAUCAAGAGGAACACUUUCGUGGGCACCCCCUUCUGGAUGGCGCCCGAGGUCAUCAAGCAGUCGGCCUAUGACUUCAAGGCCGACAUCUGGUCGCUGGGGAUCACAGCCAUCGAGCUGGCCAAGGGCGAGCCCCCCAACUCCGACCUGCACCCCAUGCGUGUCCUGUUCCUGAUCCCCAAGAACAGCCCGCCCACGCUCGAGGGCCACCACAGCAAGCCCUUCAAGGAGUUUGUGGAGGCCUGCCUCAACAAGGACCCCCGAUUUCGGCCCACCGCCAAGGAGCUCCUGAAGCACAAGUUCAUCACGCGUUACACCAAGAAGACCUCCUUCCUCACUGAGCUCAUCGACCGCUACAAGCGCUGGAGGUCGGAGGGCCACGGCGAGGAGUCCAGCUCCGAGGACUCUGACAUAGAUGGAGACCCCGAGGAUGGAGAGCAGGGGCCCAUCUGGACGUUCCCCCCCACCAUCCGGCCGAGCCCGCACGGCAAGCUGCACAAGGGGACGGCCCUGCACGGCCCCCAGAAGUCGGCGGAGCCCGUCAAGAGGCAGCCGAGGUCGCAGUGCCUGUCCACGCUGGUCCGGCCCGUCUUCGGAGAGCUCAAAGAGAAGCACAAGCAGAGCGGCGGGGGCGUGGGGGCGCUGGAGGAGCUGGAGAACGCCUUCAGCCUGGCUGAGGAGUCCUGCCCUGGCAUCUCGGACAAGCUGAUGGCCCACCUGGUGGAGCGGGUGCAGAGGUUUUCCCACAGCAGAAACCACCUGACCUCAACCCGCUGAAGGCCUGCCUGCACCCGGGAGGAGGGUCUCCGUCUGGAGCCGCAUGGCUGGGACUGUGCUGACCAGGGCCCUGUGCCAUCCUGGCCUCGCCCCGCGGGCCGUGCCUCCGCCCUGCAAACGGCUGUCCCCUCCCAUGUCCCCUCCCGGCUGGGCCGAGGCCGCAGAGGUGGCAGAGAUGGCAGGCUUGGUCUCCUUGAGGCCGGGCUGGCCCCUGGGGCUCCGCUCGCUGCCAGAGGAGGGGCAGGGACACGCGCAGGGCAGACCUGCCGCCUCCCGCCUGGCCCGCCCUUGGAGGCCGUAGAUUUGCCCUGUGCUGUUGGAGCAGGUACUGUGUCUUCUCAUAAGUACUCGUGUCAGCCAGAUUGUUGUUUUUUUAAGAAAAUGAAACUUCCUUGCUUCCCUAGGUAUUCUGAGGUUAAGGUGUUAGUUUUCAAAGCAUCUUGAGAGGCUCCUGCCACUUUCAAUAAAGACCUGAACUGAGA